AUCUCGUAUCAAGUAGAAGUAAAAACAGGAGAUGAACCUGCAGCAGAAACAGCUGCAAAUAUUACUCUGAUAAUUUAUGGUACUCGUGGAGACACAGGCCCUUUACAACUAGACCAAUCUCUUGAUCAUUCUGAUCCGUUUCAACGAAACUACACUGAUACUUUCAUACUUACAGCUCCGGUCAUUGGUCAGAUUGAAAAAAUUAAGAUGGGACAUGACAACUCCGGGCCAGGCUCUGGGUGGUACUUAGGCACAGUAACUAUUGAUUUGCCAUCUGAAGGUCGACGUUAUGAGUUUGUGUGUAAUCGAUGGUUAUCUAAAUCAGACGAUGAUAGAGAGAUUGUAAGAGAAUUUCAGCUAACUAGUUCAGAAGGUAAUUAUUAA